AUGUCUUCACUCAAACCCACGUUUGACUCUCUCCCUCUUCUCUCAGAAGGCCCGCAUGGCAACGCAUGGGGUCUAUUCGGAGACCACGAUCAAUUAGGGAUGUUGAAUCUCCUAACUCGGGCGAAUACAGCCGCUGCAGCUCGCGAAAUUAUUGAAGGGGUACGAGUGUCAACUGACUGGGAACUCGAUAGCAUGGUAAAGCCAUGCUUCGGGCGAUCUGCCUUUCAGUAUAUUGUCAAGAAAAAAGCACCCCGGGCAGUCAACGAUGAUGUAUUGACCUUCAACACCGUGACUCAAAGUAGUUCCCAGUGGGAUGGCUUCCGACACUACGGGUCCAAAGAAGGUACAUAUUACAAUGGAUGCUCCUUGGAAGAUAUUCAAACAUCUUCUCGGAACGGAAUUCACGUCUGGGCUGAAAAUGGUGGUAUUGUCGGGCGUGGGGUACUUCUUGACUAUGCAGCAUGGGCGGAGGCCAAAGGUACUGCUGUGAAUUGUUUCCAAACACAAUCCAUUCCUGUUUCUGUUCUCCAGGAAGUCGCCGCCACAUACGAGAGACUCUCAGCGACCGAAUGUCAACAGUUGGCGGACUAUAAGGCACCACCGGUGAUUGGAGUUGAAUCAUCAGAGGAGAUGCUGCGAUGGAUCUGGAAGGAUUUCUCUGCUGUAGUGGUUGAUAUGCCGAGCUUCGAAGCCUAUCCUUGUCAGAAUCCAGAUUUCUUACUACACGAGUGGCUCCUGGCGGGUUGGGGAUUGCCGAUCGGCGAACUCUUUGACCUUGAGCGGAUAAGUCAAGAAUGUCGACAGAGGGACCGCUGGAGUUUCUUCUUCAGCAGUGGGCCCCUUAAGGUUUCUGGCGGCAUUGCAAGUCCUCCUAAUGGAGUCGCAAUAUUCUAG